AUGGAGUUGUGUGGAUCGAUAGCUCGGCCUCCUGCGGGGAGCUCAUUAGACCAAAUUAUUGGCCCCGGAAACAUCGCAGAGCGACGAGGGUCCAGAAUUUCAUCGUCACAGCGCUCUAGCAGAACCCCUAUCUGUAGCCGUGCUCCGAUCUGCCAUCAGAGAGCUGUGCGGAACGUUGGGGUCUCUAGCACCAAUCUGAACAGCAGCAGCGUACUAGACAAUCAGCGACGCGGUUUCUGGGGACAGCAGUUACAGCAGCAGCAAGCAGUAGCACCAGGGAGGGGCCGAAGGAGAGAUGCGGGGAGAAGGGGAGGAUUGGAACGAGAAGACGCGCAUAGGAGGAGUCGGCUGUGUUGCUCUGCAGCUUCGUCUGGAGAUGAGGAAGCUUCCGUUCCAGGGAACGGCGCAGCCAGCAGUCUUGAAAUGCCAAGCAUGAGCACGGUCGAGAUGGAGGUGCUCUCUGAUUCGGACUCGGAAGAGUUCUUCGCCAGCGAGGCAGACGACGAUCCUGACCGUCCAUCUCGAGGGCUCAACUCCAUCUCCGAAGCCAUUGACGCCAUCCGACGGGGCGAGAUGGUGGUGGUGGUGGAUGAUGAGAAUCGCGAGAACGAGGGCGAUCUGAUCAUGGCGGGCGCGCUCACAACGGAGGCGGACAUGGCGUUCAUCGUGCGGCACUGCAGCGGGCUCGUGUGUGUGGGCGUGGCGGGGGCUGUUCUGGAUCGCCUGGAGUUGCCUCUCAUGGUUCGAUCGCAGGAGAAUGAUGAGGCGCUGAGGACAGCUUUCACUGUCUCUGUGGACCUGAAGCUGGGAACCACAACAGGCAUAUCGGCGUCAGACCGAGCCAAGACAGUGAGGGCGAUGGCAGACUACUCUAGUGAACCCUCCGACUUCCGCAAGCCUGGCCACAUCUUCCCGCUGCGCUGCAGAGAAGGUGGUGUGUUGAAGCGAGCAGGGCACACAGAGGCAGCAGUGGAUCUCUCAGUGCUGGCGGGGCUGCCCCCCGUGGGGGUGCUCUGUGAGAUAGUGAACGACGAUGGCACCAUGGCUCGCAUGCCGCAGCUCAAGGUGUUUGCCCGCCAGCACAACCUCUGCCUCAUCUCCAUCGAGGAUUUGAUCAGGUACCGGCGCAAGAGGGAGAAGCUGGUGGAGCGAACUGCAGUGGCGCGCCUGCCCACCCAGUGGGGCGUGUUCAACAUCUUCAGCUACACGUGCAAGCUGGAUGGCAUAGAGCACGUUGCCAUGGUCAAGGGCGAGAUCGGAGACGGGGUGGAUGUGUUGGUGCGAGUGCACUCAGAGUGCCUCACGGGAGACAUCUUUGGGUCCAGGCGGUGCGACUGCGGGCCACAACUGGAGCAGGCUAUGAAGAGGAUAGAGGCGGCGGGGCGGGGCGUGUGUGUGUACCUGCGCGGCCACGAAGGGAGGGGGAUCGGGCUGGGACACAAACUGCAAGCAUACAACCUGCAGGACAUGGGGCGGGAUACAGUGGAGGCGAAUGUCGACUUGGGAUUUCCGGCUGAUUCCAGGGAAUACGGCAUUGGCGCGCAGGAAAACCGGGCGUAUCUGGAAACGAAGAGGAAGAAGAUGGGGCACAUAUAUGGGUCGGACAUGCCUGGGAGCAUUGCAGGGUUGCUUCGAGAGGAAGAGGGUGCAAGACGUGCACAGCAGAAACAAGAGGAGGAGGAAGGGCAGGAGAGGAAGCAGGGGCAGAGUGACGGGCAGGUGAAAGAGCAGGGCGAGGGGAAGGAGGAGCUGCUGUUGCGUCAGCUGAAUGGGGCGAGUGUGGGAGGCGAUGGGAGCCCGUUGGAAAGCACUGCUUUCAACACGCCGGAAGAUUGGAGCUAG